AACCCUCAAUAAAUCCCACCACCCCCUCAUCUCUCUUCCCCAAAAUUUGCCCUAUCACUCACCUCAUAGCGUCCGAGCUUCGUCUUCACCAACCCAUACUCUCUCCCCUGCGCUUCCGCCCAAAGUGAGUGCAACGCAGCUCUUUGAUGGCGAUUAGCACCCGCGGAGCCGCAUUCUCCGUUCCCAAAUUCCCAAACCCUAACCCUACAGCCCUACCCAUUUCGAACGCUUCGUUGCCUCUGAGGCGGCGCACCACGGCUAGGUUAGAGAAGGCCCGGAGUAGAGAAGCGUCGGCGCUCUCUCUCGCCGCCAUUAAUGGCGGAUUGGGAUCGCUGCGAGGAGGAGGAGGAGCGGUGUUGGAGCGACCCACCUUCGACCAGUCCCAGUUUGAUGCUCUCCCCUCAGUCCAAGAAGGAGGGGAUAUAGGCACACUGAGUAAUAGGAAAGGCCUGGGGAGUGGAGAUAGCUACAAAGUUUUGCUCAUUGAUGAUCCGCGCCAUACCGAGAAAUUAGUGGAAAGAGCUUUGCCACGGGUGGUGCCCUCUAUAACAACCGAUGUGGCACGAAAACUAUUCCAUGAAUCUCGGGAGAAAGGUGUUGCAGUUGUUAUUGUUACUGUAAAGGAGCACGCCGAAUUCUAUGCGCAGAUGAUGGUACGUCAAGGGCUGCGAUCGGCAAUCGAACCGGAUUCGGACUUGGCAAGUUGAGGUUCAGCUCAUUAAUCACUCUUUUUUAGUACCCUCUUUAGAUGGGAGAUAAUGUGUCGAACUGCUCCUAAUUGAUGUCUCAGUCUAAAGUAUUUACAAAGGGAAAAUAGAAAAAGAAAACGAGAAACAAGAGGUUGUACUAAACAAUUUUGGCACCAGGAAAAGUAACUUGUAUGUUUAUAAAUGCUGUCUUAAUGAGCCUGAUUUCAGUGUGCCAGUUCCAUUA